AGGCCUACCAGCACAAGACUCGCACGGCGGCACCCGUCAUCGUCCUCUUCCGGUUGCGGUCGCCUCCUCCACGACGAAAGAUAUCUGAGCGCUUCCCAGUUCCCCACUCACUCCUCACACCACCGACAAACAUGGUCGUCUCCCCGAGACUCGCAGCACCGGCCGCUGCGUUUCGCACCUCCCCUUUCCCCACCACCGCACGUAUCCGCGGCUGCGGCCUAAUCCGAGGUGGCUUCCUCGCACCGACCGCCACGACGACCCACCCCGGCCGCGACCGUCGCCGCCCGCUGCUCCGCUUCGCACAUCCCGGGGCCGCAGCCUCGGUCACGAGAAUCUCCGGUUACCAUACCGAUCACGACGAGCUCCAGAGGUUGUGCGGAGAACCCAACCCGGAGGCCACCGUUAGCCUGCUCGACGAAAUGCUCCAGCGAGACGGCACCGCCGCCGGCGCGUCGGUCGACCUCGGGCCGGAAGAACAAGCCUUGCUGCUACAGUACUGCGCCGAGAAGCGCUCGCUGGCCGCGCUCAGGCGAGUGCACCGCCUGCUCUCUUCCAGGACCGGACAGGUGCUCGCCGCGCCUAUCUCACACAGGAUCGCCACACUGUUCCUCAAGCUCGGCGCCCGCAGCGACGCGCGGCGCGCCCUCGAGGGGCCGUCAAGGCGGCCGGCGCCGUCGGGGAAGGGGAAGCAGGACGCUGCGGUUCUUGCGAAGCGGCGUGAGGCGUACGAGAAGGUGCGGGAGCUGCACGAGCAGAUACGCGCGGCGGGGUACGUGCCGGACACACGCCACGUGCUGCACGACAUCGACGAGGACGCCAAGGCCCGCGCGCUCAUGUACCACAGCGAGCGCCUGGCCAUCGCGUUCGGGCUGGUGAGCACGCCGCCCGGCACGCCACUCCGCGUCAUGAAGAACCUCCGCAUCUGCGGGGACUGCCACAACGCCGUCAAGCUCAUCGCCAAGGUCACCGGCCGCGAGAUCGUCGUCAGGGACAACAAGCGGUUCCACCAUUUCAAGGACGGCGUGUGUUCCUGCGGAGACUACUGGUGAGGUGCCUUCUCCACAGCUGCAAUUGACACGCAUUCCUCCAUUGCCGUAGCUGAAGUUCUUGACAAAGUUUGUGAAUUGUUAUACUUGUAACUUGCAAGCGACAAGACAACGAUGAAACGAAUUGUGGUUCA